AUGAGCAAGUGGAUUCCACCUCCUCCAUGGCGACACGAAUCAGAGCUCGCCAUGGUCCGAGAUUGGUUUUACGCUCAGCAUGCUAAGCUUGAUGCUUUUUCAACACCACCGGGUGACAUGCGCCAAAGAGCAGUCGACACCGUCAAUCUCUGGCUAUUCAAGGCCGGCCAGCUCCCUCCUGCUGUCUUGUCUACUGCAAACAUGACAGACGCCUUGAUUCAUCAUGACCAAGCACGGAAGCGGAUGACUGUGUGUGAGCAUGGACAAACCCCAGAAACAACGGGCGUCCCCGUCUCCAUGCCUGUGUCCGUGCAAGCCCUGCAGAGUAUCUACGCCAUGGCGUUUGCGAGGUUUGUCAAUGCCUUUGUGGACCGUGAUGUCGCUCGUUCUCGUGCUACCGAGUUGACGGCCCUGGACUCGGAUGAUGGAGAAGAUAUAAGGACGACAACGCUCACAGCUACUAAUAGUAGUGCCACCACAGGGGGUCGGGGUGAGAAUUCCAUGUAUGCCCUGGCCGCUACGAUUGGGAUGCCAGAGGCGUUUGUGGACCUGCGACACCAAGUCACCCAUGGCCAUCUCCCCAGCAUUGUCUACCUGAGGCGGAUGACUCUUAGUGCACUGGACUGGUUGUGGGAACGGUGGUGGCUGAAAAAUGCAACUGGUGAUCCGGCGAGAGCGCUAUGGAAGUUGGCUAAAAGAAGGAAAGUCUCAAUGGAAGCACGGAUGGCUACGACAGACAGCCGAGAGAGCCCCAGUCCGGACAGCUCAGUACCAGUGUCCCCUCAAUGA